AUGGCUGGCAUCGCGCUUCUUGGCGCCGGUAUUUUCGCCACUGAUGAGCAUCUCCCAGCUCUUGUGUCCAACAAGGCCAACUUGAAGGCCAUUUAUUCGCGCUCCAAGAUCACUGCUGUGACACUUGUAGCAGAGGCGAAGAAGCUCGGUGUGAAAGAUGUGGAACUCUACUCGGAGGAUACAGCGCACCGCACUCUCGAUGAUCUGUUGAAGCGCGACGACAUCGAGGCGGUGAUCAUUGUUCUACCAAUCCUGGUCCAGCCGGACAUCAUCCGACGGUGUUUCGCCGCCGGCAAACAUGUCUUAUCAGAAAAGCCUGUCGCCAAAGACGUGCAAACUGCACGGAAGCUAAUCGCCGACUACAAGAGUCAGUAUGCCGACAAAGGAACCAUCUUCAGCGUGGCAGAACAGUUCCGUUUCAUGCCUGAGUUCGAGCUCGGCCGCAAAUGGGUAGUCGAGGAGAAAGCAAUAGGCGACAUUAACCAGCUCCACCUCAAGAUCUGGCGCAAUCAAGCGCCUGGUGGGAAAUACUACGAGAGCGAGUGGAGGAAGGUCCCGGAAUACCAAGGCGGCUUCUUGUUGGACGGAGGUGUCCAUCAGACCGCAACGUUGAGGUGGAUCUCUGGACAAGAGGUUGUUGAGACGCGCGGCUUUGCACGCCAGGUCGUCCCUCACCUUCCUCCUCUCGACACAGUCAACGCUGGGAUUUUGCUUAGCGGCGGAGGCACAGGAACGAUUUCAAUGUCGUUUGCCUCGGCGAAGCGUGCGACCGAGCUCACCAUCAUUGGAACUAAAGGCAGCUUUUUCCUAACCGAUGGACCCGAUGGCUAUAUUCUCACUCUGGACCUCAUUUCUGGAGAAAAGAGGACAGAAAUCCUCAAGACCAAUGGUGUGCAGGUCGAGAUCAAGGCGUUCUUAGAAGCUAUUCAGUCAGGAACUGCACAGGCUCGAUCAGGGCCGGAAGAAGCGUUGAACGACUUGGCAAUAAUCGAAAGCUUAUGCUCCGGCGGUGGAAAGGUCGACUUGUACAAGACAUGA